GAGGAAGUGGCCGCGGCGGUUGCCAGGCAACGGGAGCCGCACGGAAGUGAUGGCGGGGAUGGGGGUGUCAUGGCCGCCGGGAAGGUGGCGCCAUUAGAGCCCAGCGGUGACAGAGCGGGAACACAGUUAUUCUCUGUUAUGCUGAGAAUGUUGGAGCAGAUAAUGGCCACAUUGAAAACUUCGCACCAGAUGUCUUCAAAGUGGUACUAUAAGUCACAUUAGGUAAAGCACAAACAAACAUCUGUGACUGACGUAGCUACUUCAAAUAGGCUCAUGCCUCCGUCAGCGCGACUCAGACUGGAACAGGCUGAGAGAAAGCAGAAUCAGAAUGAAGCAGUUACUUGUGUUUAUCUUCCUCCUGGUCCUCAUGACCGCUGUUACAGACACUUCACCGAUUUUGACUGAGAAAGAAGCCAAACAGAUUCUGAGAACCCGUCGUGAAGACAGACAAAGAAAAGCUGGAUUCCCUGAUGAGCCAAUGAGGGAGCAUAUGCUUUACCUCCAGCGCUUGGAGCAGAGAUCAGAAGAGCAAUUCCUGGAGCACUGGUUGAAUCCACACUGCUUGCCACACUGCAACCGGGAUUUAGUCCAUCCAAUCUAAUGGUCUUGCCUACUCUGUGAUUGAUCUCUUCAUGGCCAUGGAGGAAGAUACGUACUGUGACUGUGCUAAGGACAAGAUUAUUACUGCACUGGCUAUAUGCUCAUUGUAGAGCUGGAUCUCUUUGCCAUAAUUAUAAUCCUUGUGCUAUGGCAAAACUUCCAAACAUAAGUAGCUACACAUAUUACAGACCAACAUACAUUUUCCAUAUGUAAAGAAAAUAAUGAUUGCAUGCAUGAAUAAAUAAAUGGCUUUCCUCCAAAUUCCGAGCUACAAGCAAGAAUAAAUCAGUAAUGAGUCUAAAGGAUGCUUUCUAAGAGGACAGCUUUGAACUGUCUGAAGUAAAUGCAACUUAAAUAGACCUUGGAGGAAAUGUUAAUUAUAGUUUUGUAGCUUAAAUAAUGUUAUAUGAAGACACCACAUUUAUGCAAUGCUGAUCUAUGUUCAGUUGCUUGAUGAGUAUUUUGUGUAUUCUUUCAUAAUAAAUGCUUAAUUGAAAUCCA